AUGGGUUGGAAGGCAGCCGGAAAGUUGAUCAGACACUGGAAAGUACUCAGAGGAGAUAAUGUCAUGAUUAUUAGGGGCAAGGAUAAGGGCGAGUCUGGGUGCUACAAUUACAUUAGCUGUGAAGAAUAUAAGCUUCCAUCUCCUGCUGGAUCUGUUACGAAGCAUAUAAAAGCAGGUGAAGGUCACGAGGAAUCUUCACAGUUGAAGCUCCACUUCAUGCAUCAAAUGUCCAAGUUGUUGACCCACUCACAGGGAGACCCUGCAAGGUUGGAAUCAACCGGUCAGAAGGACACUCCGAUGGAUCUCGUGCUGGAGAAGGCCUACGACUGUAAAACUGGGAAGUGCAUGCCUGAUCUUUGA